UUUGCCACAACUGUCGUCUCUCCAUCGUUUCCUUCAUCGGCCAGCUUGAUUUUUUUUUUUACGAAAUUAGCACAUAUUGGGCCACGCAACAUCUAAAUAGUAUUUUCUUUUGAAAAAAUAUACUACUAUCAAGUGAACGUACAAUCUAAAACAAUUUUGUUAACUAUUAGUAUUGAUAACUUUUCUUAAUAUGUGCAUCACUCUCAUUACUGUUCUUUGAAGUAAUAAUAGGGUUUCACUAAAAAUUACAACCUUUUGUCCCAAGCACCCCAAGAGAAUCCAAUCAAACUUAUUACACCUCUACCCGUAAAAUAGAUUAGUUCCUAUAAAGCGUUCGGUCAAAUUUCUAAAAGUUGAUUAUUAAUAUAAAUACAAAAUAUUUAAACUCCUAAGUUGAACUAGUGUGUAAUUGGAUUUUCCAUGGAAAAUAGUUGCGUAUUGUACAAAUUUGUUUUCUUUUGAUUUUUAAAAAUAAAAUUAAUUUGUAAACAUUCAGUAUAUUGUACACUAAUUUGAGGAAUUUCUCUUCGUCAAUGUACAUGUGUUAAUCUGCUGCAUAAAGUCUGAUGCGUAGUUAUCGUGUUCACAAACCACCUUUAUUAUAUUUGCUAAUAUAUUUAUUAAAUCAGUGACAACUAAUAAGGAACGAGGGAGUAAUAUACACGCUACUAUCCAGCAUAUAGCAGACCACCUUAUUAUAUUUAUGUUUUUGUUCCUUUUCUUUCUUCUUUUCUGCAGUAAACCUAGCUCAAGCAGAGAUAGAUGGCUGCCAAUACACCCACAACUGAUGGAACUGGAGGACAGUCAGCGAUGGACGAACGGAUCCUGAAAGCAGCCACCUCUGGUAUUUUCUGGGACAUUGAGGUGUUGGCUACAACGAGUCCAAGCAUUCUUCUUGGAGUAACUCCGCAAGGGAACAACUGCCUCCACAUAUCCACCAUUCAUGGGCACGAAGAGUUCUGCUUGUAUGCGUUGGCACUAGAGCGUUCUCUCCUUGAGAAUGUCAACUGCGAGAACGAGACUCCGCUUGUAAUUGCUGUUUCACUUGGCCAUGCCUCUUUGGCUUCUAAAUUGCUCCAGCAAUGCUGUGGAAGACCACGAUUGAGUCGAGCAAUCUUGCAACAAGACAGGUAUGGAUUUAAUGCACUGCACCAUGCUAUUCGCAACGGCCACAAGCAACUUGCGCUAGAUUUGAUAGCAGAAGAGCCUGCCCUGUCAGGAGCUGUGACCAGAUACAAUGAGUCACUCAUCGCCGUGAUGUGGAAUUUUGUAGAUGUUUUGGAAAACCUACUAGACAUUGUCGAUUCUUCUCAUAUGGGACAGUAUGGAUGCCAUGCUCUUCAUGCUGCAGCUAGAAAUGGAAAUAAAGAUAUUGCUCUCCAAAUUAUGAAGAAACGUCCUCGCUUGGCCACAGAAGCUGACUGGGAUGGGAUAACUCCAUUAAGAAUGGCUAUAUCUUAUAACAAGGUUGAUGUGCUACAAGUAUUGCUGGAACAGCGUUCUUCUUUAGCCUAUGAAACCGACAAAGAUGGCUAUCCUCUCCUCUAUUCUGCUGCAACUCGGGGUCAAGUUGAUGUUGCUCGUGCACUUCUCAAAUUUUGUCCAGAUGCUUUCUAUUGCCGUCUGGUAAUUGAAAAGAGUCCAAUAAUUGGAGAGAGUUCAUUAAGUGGUGAUACCUUGACAUGCCUUCAAAUAGCUGUAAAAAAUGGCCAUCUGGAGUUUGUCAAAUUUAUCUUGCAGACACGACAACUUCGGAAACUUAUUAACAUGCAAGACAAGGUUGGAAGAACCGCUCUACAUUACGCAGUCGAGCAAUGUGAUCCUAGACUUGUUGCUGCUUUAUUAUCUCAUGGGAGUAUAGACCCAACAAUUUUGGACAACCGAGGGAAUUCAGCGGCUUCGCAAUUGUCGAGCAUCACAAUUGUUGACAAGACUUUGGACUGGAAGGAAGUGCACGUUCUCAUGUCAAAAGCUGAUCCCAAUGAUGAUGACAUCUCCUUGUAUAAUCUUCGCAAGGGGGCCAAGAAACAGGAAAAUAUUAAAUCAAGGAGGCAGAGAGAGUCAAUGACGCAAAAAUACAGAAGCAACACAUCAUUAGUGGCAAUCCUCCUUGCAACAAUCACCUUUACUGCUGCUUUCACUCUACCCGGAGGAUAUAGCAGUGAUUCUGGAAAUGCGGGACUUCCCACCAUGUCUGGAAAGGUUACAUUUAUAGUAUUCUUGAUCUUUGACACCUUAGCAAUGUGCUCUGCAUUUGUUGUUGCCUUUAUAUGCCUCAUGGGAAAGUGGGAGGAUGAUAAAUUCACAACCUGUUACAUCUUUGUAACUAAGAAGCUCACCUGGUUUGCAUACUUGGCAACAGUUACGGCUUUUUCAACUGGAUUGUACACGGUCCUGGCGCCACGUAUCCACUGGUUGGCCAUUCUGAUUUGCUCUCUGGUAGCUUUUUUCUUCAUUCUUACUAUUUUUAUAGCAAAAUGGCCUUCCUUGAAGCUCAGUUUUCGGUUGGGUCAAACUUGGCAUGACUUGGAGCUCAAAUUUCUGCAAUGGUUUGACCUCCAAUUCCAAUUUCAGUAACAUGGCCUGACCUCCACAAUUCAUUUUAUCGUUACGCUUUAAAAAUAUUUUACAUGUCAUAUGUAAUUAUCAUUGUUGGAUAUUCAUAUAGUAUUGUUAAUUUAUCGGGAAAACUACAAUGUACUGUUCACUCUUGUAUUCUGUUCAAAUAUAAUGCAGUGCUUUCAU